AUGGCCGAAGCGCUGAUGUUAGCGAUAAUUCAAGAAGAGGAUGCAAGAAGGAAAAUCCCACGGAACCGUUCACAAUUUCGUACGAAUUGUUUCACUGCUCUCGAUGAUGGGGAAUUCGUUAAGCAUUUCAGACUAACCAAAUCUUUGACUCUUAAUCUUAUUGAGGAGUUAAAGCCCUACAUUCAAACACGAUCAACAAGGAAGGAUGCGAUCACAGCAGAACUUAAAGUUCUAUGUGCUUUAAAUUUCUUCGCUGGCGGGGGAUACCAGAAAAGGGUUGGGAAUGAUGAUUACAUAAAGGUCACGCAGCAAAGUGCCAGCAAUUGUAUUCGGCAAGUGUCCCAAGCAAUGUCGCAGCAUCUCCUUCGGAAAUUUGUGCAAUACCCAAGUGAUCAGAGAGCACAAGAAAAUAUAAAGGAGGAGUUCUUCAAUUACUGUGGAAUAGGAGGCGUACUUGGUGCAAUUGACUGCACACAUGUAGCAAUAAUUGGCCCACCUAAUGAUGGCUUUCACCAGGAGCGGAAUUAUGUCAACCGUAAAGGCUGGCAUUCCCUAAAUGUACAACUAAUUUGUGACAUGGAUACAAAAAUCUUAAAUGUUGUGGCUCGUGCCCCUGGUUGUACCCAUGAUUCCUUCAUCUGGCGUUCUUCAAAUUUGAAGACGGCAUUUGAUGAAGGAAACAAAAUCCAUGGUGAUGGGUGGCUCUUAGGUGACGCUGGUUACCGGCAAGAACGACACUUACACGUUCCAAUAGAAGGUGCCAUCCCAGGAUCGGAUGAAGAUAAAUAUAAUGCAGCUCAUGCAAAAGGCAGGUGUGUGAUAGAACGAUGUAAUGGCAUCCUGAAAAACAGAUUCAGGUGUCUCUUAAAGGAUCGUGUGUUACAUUACCUGCCUGAAGUUGCAGCGCACAUUACAAAUUCAUGUGUAAUUUUACACAAUAUGUGUGUAGAAGAUAACAUAUACUGGGAAGAUGCAGUUCUCGAUGAAGAGGACGAACUGUUUGAUACCGUCGAAGAUGAUGAUGAAUAA